AGUAGAAAAAUCUUGUGGAGAAUGAAGACGCUGACACUGCGUUUUACACGCUAUUCCCACUGGCGGGAAGAAUCACAUUUUCCCAGAAGCCCCUGAGUCUGGAGCCUGGUGAGCUCUCCUGCCUUUGCUCACCUGGAAACACCUGCAGUAGGAACCCAGGGAUUCCCGGCUAGCCCGUGCGCGCCCAGGACGGAAGAUGUAACCACGACAGACUUGCAGACGAGCCUUUCCCUAAGCAGACUGCCUGUACCAUUUUGCCGUCCUACCAGCAAGCUUUGAGUGAUCUAGCAUCUCUGCAUCCUUGCCAGAAAUCGGUUUUGUCACUGUGUUUCAUUUUAGCCAUUCUGAUAGUAUAAGGACAUUUCCUACAGGGUCAGUGUAACAGGCAGGAUGGAGAGACUUGCAUCUGAGAGCAUAAACAUCUCAGAGUGCGUGGAAGCUGAUGGACGUGUAAUCCAUGCAUCUCCUAGAAGCAGCUGAAGAAGGCAAGGAAAUGGAUUCUCCUCUAGAGCCUGGGGGGCGGCGCGGAGGACUCAGCCCAGCCAAACAUCCGCAGCCCAGUGACACCCACCUCAGACUUCUGCCCUAGAGAACUAAUUGAAGGUCUGCAGAAAAACAUUCAAGAUCAUAAAUUUAGAUGACCAACAUGGAUAUCCGGGGCGCCGUGGAUGCUGCUGUUCCAACCAACAUCAUUGCUGCCAAGGCUGCAGAAGUUCGUGCGAACAAAGUGAACUGGCAGUCCUACCUUCAGUGAGUGCUGAUUUGCUGUGAAUCAUGGGGGGCAGAUGAUUUCUUCCGAAGACUGCGAAUUCAUUCAAAGAUUUGAAAUGAAAAGAAGUCCUGAGGAGAAGCAGGAGAUGCUUCAGACUGAAGGCAGUCAGUGUGCUAAGACAUUUAUAAAUCUGAUGACUCACAUCUCCAAAGAGCAGACAGUUCAGUACAUUCUCACUGUGGUCGACGACACGCUGCAGGAAAAUCACCAGCGCGUUAGCAUUUUCUUUGACUAUGCUAAACGUAGCAAGAACACUGCCUGGUCCUACUUUCUGCCGAUGUUGAAUCGCCAGGAUCUCUUCACUGUUCAUAUGGCAGCAAGAAUUAUUGCCAAGUUAGCAGCUUGGGGAAAAGAAUUGAUGGAAGGCAGUGACUUAAAUUACUAUUUCAAUUGGAUAAAGACUCAGCUGAGUUCACAGAAACUGCGUGGCAGCGGCGUCGCUGUUGAAGCAGGGACGGUCUCCUCAAGCGAUAGCUCUCAGUAUGUGCAGUGUGUGGCCGGGUGUCUGCAGCUGAUGCUCCGAGUCAACGAGUACCGCUUUGCCUGGGUGGAAGCAGACGGGGUGAACUGCAUCAUGGGAGUUCUGAGUAACAAGUGUGGCUUUCAGCUCCAGUAUCAGAUGAUUUUUUCUAUAUGGCUCCUGGCGUUCAGUCCUCAGAUGUGUGAACACCUGCGACGCUACAACAUCAUUCCUGUUCUGUCCGACAUCCUGCAAGAAUCGGUCAAAGAGAAAGUGACAAGAAUCAUUCUUGCAGCAUUCCGGAACUUCUUAGAAAAAUCAACUGAAAGAGAAACUCGCCAAGAGUAUGCUCUGGCUAUGAUUCAGUGCAAAGUUCUGAAACAGUUGGAGAACUUGGAACAGCAGAAGUACGACGACGAAGAUAUCAGUGAAGAUAUAAAAUUUCUCUUGGAGAAACUUGGUGAGAGUGUUCAGGAUCUUAGCUCAUUUGAUGAAUAUAGUUCAGAACUUAAAUCUGGAAGAUUGGAAUGGAGUCCUGUGCACAAAUCUGAGAAAUUUUGGAGAGAAAAUGCUGUGAGGUUAAAUGAGAAGAAUUAUGAGCUCUUGAAAAUUUUGACCAAGCUUCUGGAGGUGUCCGAUGACCCACAAGUCUUAGCUGUUGCUGCCCAUGACGUUGGCGAGUACGUUCGGCAUUACCCGCGAGGCAAGCGCGGCAGCGUCUUCACCACGUGGCUUCUGGCCCCCAGGGUCAUCGAGCAGCUCGGCGGGAAGCAGCUGGUGAUGAACCACAUGCACCACGAGGACCAGCAGGUGCGCUACAACGCCCUCCUGGCCGUGCAGAAGCUCAUGGUGCACAACUGGGAAUAUCUUGGUAAACAGCUCCAGUCUGAGCAACCGCAGACUGCAGCUGCCCGGAGCUGAACGGGCGCUCAGCCUCGGGGUCUCCAGCCGCCCCUUCCCCCGGGGCAGAAGACCUGGAGUGUGAGUCGCAGUGAUUAGGGUCGAGAGCAAUCAAUUUCUCAUUUUACGUGUCAUUUUUUUCUGUUGUGUAGCUUUCCCCAGUGCUCAUUUCAAUACGAGUGUUUACCCAUUACUUUGUAUUAAAGUGGGUGCUUUCUGUAUCUAAGGAAAAUAUUACUGUUACAUAUACUGCUUGUAAUUUCUGUAUUUAUUGUUCUCUGGGAAUGCAUAUGGAAUUAUUAAAGGAUUCUCACUCCAAAUAUGUUUUUGUCUUUCCUUGUUCCUGACUUGGCCUUUUACACAAAUACCUCUUGUCCCAACCAAAUUGGGAGAAUUGUAUUUGCAAAAA